GGAGACUUCUCCACGCAUCCGCCAGAUUUCAGAAACCCUUCAAAUCUGAAUCUGUUUCAGUUGCUGCAGGAAUCCAUCAAACACAUAACUCUUCUCAAUCUCUCCAUAGCAAGAAAAGGUCAGUCUUUUUUCCUUCAUAUCUGUUCUCUUCAAUCCAACUCCAAUCUCUUCUCGGCACAUUCAAAAAAGAUAAAAAAAUAAAAAAAUCUAGAUCUGCAUCAAAACCAAACAUAGAUAUACCAAAAUCUCCAGAUCUUGCUUUCUGAUCCCAUUUCCUCAUCUCGGUCCUUUCCAGAUACAAAAGAAAACUAACACCCACAUCACAACCUCCAUUAUACUGCCUCCUUUUCCACAUCUUGUCAUCUGGGUCUCUGCCAAAUCUUACAGAAACUCAACAUCUAUAGGUUAGAAUCACCCACACCAGAAAACCCAAUACCUUGCAUCCUCAGUCCAAUUCCUCAUCUGGGUCUGUCCCAGAUCUAACAGAAAACCAGCACCGACCACGAAAACUCCAAUAUAUUGCCUUCUUUCCCCAUUUCCUCAUCUUGGUCUCUCCCAAAUCCCAUAGAAAUCAACAGUCCCGUCCGAUCUGUUGGAAUCAGAUCCAAAAAUGGGUCUUUUCCGUAAAUCUAUCAUCUGGGUCUUGUUCAUGUUCUUGAUUCUUCAAUCAGGACAUGGGUUUUAUCUGCCAGGUAGUUACCCUCACAAAUACCUGAUUUCUGACCAACUCUCAGUAAAGGUGAACUCCCUUACUUCUAUAGACACUGAGAUGCCCUUCAGCUACUACAGCCUCCCCUUCUGUAAGCCCCAAGAGGGUGUUAAACAAAGCGCCGAGAACCUCGGCGAGCUCCUCAUGGGUGAUCGCAUUGAGAAUUCACCGUAUAAAUUCAGUAUGUAUACGAACCAGACCCAGAUCUUCCUUUGCCAGACCGAACCUUUAUCGGCCAAGGAUUUCAAGCUUCUCAAGGAGAGGAUUGAUCAGAUGUAUCAGGUCAAUUUGAUUCUUGAUAACCUCCCCGCAAUUAGGUACACGAAGAAGGAUAAUUACUUAUUGAGGUGGACUGGGUACCCUGUUGGGAUUCGGGUUCAAGAUGUGUACUAUGUGUUUAAUCAUUUGAAGUUUACAGUCUCGGUCCAUCAGUAUGAGGAGACCAAUGUGGCCCGUGUGAUGGGGACUGGUGAUGCGGCCGAGGUGAUCCCCACAAUCGAGAAGGCGUCUGAUGCGCCCGGCUACAUGGUGGUUGGAUUUGAAGUUGUGCCUUGCAGCAUUCAGCAUGAUGUUGAGUCAACGAAGAAUCUUAAGAUGUAUGCUAAAUAUCCAUCGGCGGUUAACUGUGACCCGGCUAUGGUGUCCAAUGCUGUGAAGGAGGGGCAGCCGAUGGUUUUCACAUAUGAGGUGUCGUUCGUGGAGAGCGAUAUCAAGUGGCCAUCGAGGUGGGAUGCAUACUUGAAGAUGGAGGGUGCAAAGGUCCACUGGUUCUCAAUCCUCAACUCACUGAUGGUCAUUGCUUUUCUCGCUGGGAUCAUUUUUGUGAUCUUGUUGCGGACAGUCCGCCGAGACCUGACCAAGUAUGAAGAGCUUGACAAGGAAGCCCAGGCACUGAUGAAUGAGGAGUUGUCAGGUUGGAAGCUUGUUGUUGGGGAUGUGUUCAGGGCCCCAAGCAAUCCGGAACUUCUAUGUGUAAUGGUGGGUGAAGGAAUUCAGUUACUUGGGAUGGCUGUUGUGACUAUCUUGUUUGCAGCCUUUGGUUUCAUGUCCCCAGCCUCUCGUGGAACCCUGGUCAUGGGUAUGCUCUUCUUCUACCUGAUUUUGGGAAUUGCGGCCGGUUAUGCAGCUAUUAGGCUUUGGAAGACUCUCCGAUGCGGGGAUUACUCUGGAUGGGUGUCGGUUUCUUGGAAGGUUUCUUUCUACUUUCCCGGCUCUGCGUUUCUGAUACUGACUGGACUGAACUUUCUACUGUGGGGUAGCCACAGCACAGGGGCCAUUCCCAUAUCCUUAUACAUCAUCCUUCUCUUGCUUUGGUUUUGCAUCUCGGUUCCCCUUACACUUGUGGGCGGGUACCUCGGAGCAAAGGCGCCCCACAUUGAGUACCCCGUCCGGACCAAUCAGAUCCCCCGCGAAAUCCCAGCACAAAAAUACCCAUCAUGGUUGUUGGUUCUUGGGGCUGGCACUCUACCGUUCGGAACACUCUUCAUCGAGCUCUUCUUCAUCAUGUCCAGCAUUUGGAUGGGCCGUGUUUACUACGUUUUUGGGUUCCUCUUCAUCGUGCUGACACUCCUUGUCGUCGUUUGUGCUGCAGUGUCCCUUGUCCUCACUUACAUGCACCUAUGUGUUGAGGACUGGAAAUGGUGGUGGAAAUCCUUCUUUGCCUCUGGCUCUGUCGCCAUAUACAUGUUCUUGUACUCCAUUAACUAUCUCGUUUUUGACCUUAAGAGCCUCAGCGGGCCCGUUUCUGCCACCCUCUAUCUUGGGUACUCGUUCUUAAUGGUUUCGGCUAUCAUGCUUGCGACAGGCACGAUUGGGUUCCUCUCUUCAUUUUGGUUUGUGCAUUUCCUGUUUUCUUCUGUGAAGCUAGACUGAAUUCCCACCACCUCAAGAAGCUUCCUCGACUAGACAGACAACCGUGGAGAUCUAUUGCUAGCAAAAAGAGUGAUCCCAUCCAGGUUGGAUGUUUCUCGCUUUACUUACCUUUUAUGUUGUUUUUAAUCUGUUAGAGAUAAUAAUACUUUGUUCCGGUUUUGUCGAAUUCUUUAUUAGAUUAUGAUUGCUGCAUAACAUAUGUUUAUGUUGUGGAGGUAGUAUGAAUACUGGUAAGAAUAUUCGGUUAUUUUUAUUGUAUUUUGUUUUUGAGAAUGAGGCUGCCUUCCUUUCGUUUUA